AUGCAUUGCUCAGAUGAAGAAGAGGUUACUACUAGACCUGGUUUUUUGACAGCUGUAGCUAUGCAAGCUGUAGCAAGUUGGCUAUCCAUUAUAGUCUGCAUUAUAGUCGCAAGACGAAGCAGAAACUUGCUUUUUCACAUCAAUUGCAAGGUUCUGGUACUUGCCAUGGUACUACUCUUCAUCGUACAUUCACUCAUUUUAGGAUUUCUUCAAACGCUUCAGAUUGUACGUUACUUUACAAUGUCGGAUCAUUGUCAGGCUGGGAUUUCACCUCUCUUGUGUUUUUGCUUGAGAGCGCCGUCCAACACAUGCAUGGUGUCCUUCGUUCUAUUUCAGUUCAUGGUGGUUGCGGAAAGAGCACUGGCAUUAUGGAAACAUCGAUCGUAUGCCUCAUGGGGACCACAUUUUGGUUAUGUCGCAAGCGCUUUCUGUCUAGUUGCUUCAGCGGCCGCGGUGUUCUGGAUGAUGGAAAACGCUGAUCUUGAAGAAAAACAACCUUUUUGCUCCGCGGCAACUUCACGUACCCGACAGCGAGUUCAGCGGAUAUUCUUUGCAAUGAGCGCUAUCUGUAUCGCAAAUUUGGCAGGACUGUUGAUAUUGACUACACUCAAUAGAAUAGCAGUGAGAAGGCAUCAGCAAAAGAAGGAAGAAAGAAGAUUUGAGCGUUCAAGAUCUGACAUAUACAUCGCCUCUCAGUAUUCUAAUGGAAGAGACCUAUGA